AUGGUGAGAGUUGAACCAUCGCUGGAGUGGCCUGAGUUGACGAAGGCCAAGCGGAAGCAACAGAGAAGCCGACGUGAGUAAGCAGAGUAACUUCUGGCACUCUAAUACGGGUACGGCUCAUCCAAGCCGGAAACGGUCUAGGUAGGCUUAUAUCUUCUCCAAUCUCACCUGAGGGAGAUGUGCUCUCAUAAGAGUUGAAUCGAUCAACAUCCCCAGGAAGACCACUGUCUGUGAGGGAGUCAGGUUGCUCUUCUCCCUGAUUAGGGUGAGGCCCAGGUCUUGAAUGUGCUUCAAGAUUAUACUUGUGUCUGCUGUAGCUUGCUCUCUUGAUUGAGCAUACACCAGCCAGUCUUCCAGAUACAGUGGCUUGCGAAAGUAUUCACCCCACUUGGCAUUUUUCCUAUUUUGUUGCCUUACAACCUGGAAUUAAAAUUGUUUUUUGGGAGGUUUGUAUCAUUUGAUUUACACAACAUGCCUACCACUUUGAAGAUGCAAAACAUUUUUUUUGUAAAACAAACAAGAAAUAACACCAAAAAAAUAACUUGAGCAUGCAUAACUAUUCACCCCCCCCCCCCCCCCCCCCCCCCCCCCCAAAGUCAAUACUUUGUAGAGCCACCUUUUGCAGCAAUUACAGCUCCAAGUCUCUUGUGGUAUGUCUCUAUAAGCUUGGCACAUCUACCACUGGGAUUUUUGCCCAUUCUUCAAGGCAAAACUGCUCCAGCUCCUUCAAGUUAGAUGGGUUCUGCUGCUGUACAGCAAUCUUUAAGUCAUACCACAGAUUCUCAAUUGGAUUGAGGUCUGGGCUUUGACUAGGCCAUUCCAAGACAUUUCAAUGUUUCCCCUUAAACCACGUGAGUGUUGCUUUAGCAAUAUGCUUAGGGUUAUUGUCCUGCUGGAAGGUGAACCUCCGUCCCAGUCUCAAAUCUCUGGAAGACUGAAACAGGUUUCCCUCAAGAAUUUCCCUGUAUUUAGCACCCUCCAUCAUUCCUUCAAUUCUGACCAGUUUCCCAGUCCCUGCCAAUGAAAAACAUCCCCACAGCAGGAUGCUGCCACCACCAUGCUUCACUGUGGGGAUGGUGUUCUCAGGGUGAUGAGAGGGGGUUGGGUUUGCACCAGACAUAUCGUUUUCCUUGAUGGCCAAAAAGCUCAAUUUUACUCUCAUCUGACCAGAGUAACUUCUUCCAUAUGUUUGGGGAGUCUCCCACAUGGCUUUUGACAAACACCAAAUGUGUUUGUUUAUUUUUUUCUUUAAGCAAUUGCAUUUUUCUGGCCACUCUUCUGUAAAGCCCAGCUCUGUGGAGUGUACGGCUUAAAGUGGUCCUAUGGUCAGAUACUCCAAUCUCCGCUGUGGAGCUUUGCAGCUCCUUUAGGGUUUCACAUUUACAUUUUAUUCAUUUAGCAGACGCUCUUAUCCAGAGCGACUUACAGUUAGUGAGUGCAUACAUUUUCAUACUGGCCCCCCGUGGGAAACGAACCCACAACCCUGGCGUUGCAAAAAAAAAUAGAGACUUUCUAAUGUUCUUGCAACAUCAGGCGAAUGUGUUAUACAAACAUUCUAGAAUCAUCAGCACGACCGGACAGUUUUUCUGUUAUCAGAACACUUGAUGCAGCCUAACAUAUGUUCUGGGAACUUUCACAUAAACAAUUUUGGUUUGCUGGCAAAACAUUACUGGUGCAUUGUGUUAUUACAUUACCUGGAAAACCUAAUGAUAACAUUUGGGGAAUGUUCUGUGGUGAUUGUUACAGAUGUUGUGCACAACAUUUUAGUGAAUUUUAGGAACACAUACCAAGGAUACUUUAUUUAAAAAUUGAAGGAAAACAUUUUUUUAUGCUAAUGUUAGAUAAAACCCUAACUAGAGCUUAAUGGGAAUCUUUGCUGGGUAAAUAUUGUUUUUAUUUUAUUCAUUUAUUUAAGAUUUGAAAUAGUGUUGUUUAUGACAGAAUAAGAACAUUUGGUGAAAUCCCCCCCAAAAUUGACCAAGUUACACUUCUUAAAAGGCACCGAAUUGGUGGAACUACCCAACAACACCUCUAGAUAGUGGAGUCCUUUAUGGAAUAAGAAUGAUCAUUGGUCCUACGGGACCUCUUAUCUUCUAGCACUAUUUUAUAGUGUCAGUAGAACAACACAGUAUAAUAUUGUCCCUACAGGACUGCCCUCUGCUCCUCGUAACGCCAUUUCCAAUGUAAACGAGACGUCGGUCUUCCUGGAGUGGGCGGUUCCCGAGGAGACUGGCGGCAGGAGGGACGUCAGCUAUAACAUCCUGUGUCGUAAGAUCAGCGUUGACAGCAGACACUAUGAGGAGUGUGACAGCACGGUGCGGUUCCUGCCCCAACACAGCGGUCUCAGGAACAACUCUGUGAUGGUGGCAGACCUUCUGGCUCACACUAACUACACCUUCGAGGUGGAGGCCAUCAAUGGAGUGUCUGAGCUCACCAACCCCGGACGACAGUUUGUCUCUCUCAACAUCACCACCAACCAGGCAGGUUAG